AUGGCUGAAUACCAAGGUUACAUCCUACUUUUUAUCAUUUGGCUAGUCUCCAUAAUCCUUAUUCGAGCUUUACUCAACAAAACAAAGAACAAAGCUCAUCGACCACCAAGUCCACUAGCCAUACCCAUCAUUGGACACCUCCACCUUCUUGCUCCAAUACCUCACCAGGCUCUUCAUAAGCUCUCAACCCGCUAUGGACCCAUAAUGCACCUUUUCCUUGGUUCUGUCCCUUGUGUCGUUGCUUCCACACCAGAAGCUGCAAGAGAGUUCCUUAAAACUCACGAAAAUAACUUCUCCAACCGUCCUCAAAGUUCUGCUGUUGAUUAUCUUACAUAUGGCUCCCAAGACUUCUCCUUCGCCCCAUAUGGACCUUAUUGGAAAUUCAUGAAGAAAAUAUGCAUGUCUGAACUUCUGGGUGGUCACACACUCAGCCAACUUCUUCCUGUGAGGAGAGAAGAAACAACCAGGUUUUUGAGACUUUUACUCAAGAAAGGGAACGCGGGUGAGGCCAUUGAGGUUGGAGGAGAAUUAAUGACACUAGCGAAUAACAUUGUGUCAAGGAUGAUUAUGAGCCAAACAUGCAUGGAAAAUGAAGGUGAAGCUGAAGAGGUGAGGAAGUUGGUGCAAGACACCACGCAUCUCACGGGGAAGUUUAAUGUUUCCGACUUCAUUUGGUUCUUUAAGAACUGGGAUUUGCAGGGGUUCAGCAAAAGGCUCAAGGAAAUUCGGGACAGGUUUGACACCAUGAUGGAGAGGGUGAUCAAGGAGCAUGAAGAGGAAAGGAGAAAAAGAAAGGAACUAGGUGGAGGAGAUGGUCAGAUCAAGGAUCUACUUGAUAUAUUAAUGGACAUACUUGAAGAUGAGAGCUCUGACAUAAAAUUGACAAUAGAGAACUUAAAGGCCUUCAUCUUGGAUAUAUUUAUGGCAGGAACUGACACUUCAGCCUUAACCACUGAAUGGGCUCUGGCUGAAUUGAUUAACCACCCAUAUGUGAUGGAGAGAGCAAGGAAAGAGAUCAAUGCUGUAAUUGGAAAUAGUAGAAUAGUAGAAGAAUCUGACCUUGUCAACCUUCCAUACCUGCAAGCUAUAGUUAAAGAAACACUGAGGAUUCACCCCACAGGUCCAUUAAUUGUCAGAGAAUCAUCUGAAAGCUGCACUAUCUGGGGCUAUGAGAUUCCAUCAAAGACCCAGUUGUUUAUUAAUGUGUGGGCUAUUGGCAGGGACCCCAAUCACUGGGAGAACCCACUUGAGUUCAGACCAGAAAGGUUUAUUAGUGAAGAGGGAAGUGGGAAGAGCCAAUUAGAUGUGAGGGGACAACAUUUUCACCUAAUUCCAUUUGGGAGUGGAAGAAGAGGCUGUCCUGGAACCUCACUGGCUUUGCAGGUUGUGCAGACCAACCUUGCUGCUAUGAUUCAGUGUUUUGAAUGGAAGGUUAGUGGAGGCAAUGAUACUGUUGACAUGGAAGAGAAACCCGGGUUAACCCUUUCAAGAGCUCAUCCCUUGAUUUGUGUCCCAGUGCCUAGGCUUAAUCCUUUUCCUCCCAUGUGA